GUGCCUUCCUCUGUGUAUUGCUUUAGCUCUUCUGAUGCCGUAGAACCGUGUCCUGGGUGGCGUGCGCGAUUCUGUUCCUGGACACUUUCUAUUUUUCCCUCUUAUCUCUGCACCCUUUUAUAUUCACAUACACCCAACAAUUCUGCGCCGUAGAAAUUUGAAUAUCUACUUCAGUCAUCCACACCCACCAUGGCUGAUGAACCGAGACGCUCUGGUCGCUCGACCAAGGGCCAGCACAAAAACCUCGACAUGAUCACCGAGACGCCCGCGAAGAAAACGAAAGCCAAAGCCCAACCGAAGGAGAAAGCCGCGAAGCCAUCCGUGGAACCGACGCCUGCUCCCAGCGAAGAAGAGGAAAUUAUCCGAUGUAUCUGUGGAGAAUACGAAGAGGAAGAGGACGUCGAACGUGACAUGAUUUGCUGUGAUCGAUGCUCUGCAUGGCAACACAACGAUUGUAUGGGCCUGACGUUCGCCAAGGGAGAAGAACCCGAUGAAUACUUCUGCGAGCUGUGCAAGCCUGAGAAUCACCCGGUGCUCUUGGAGAAGAUCUCGCGAGGCGAGAAGCCGUGGGAGGAAGCAGCCGAACGGCGACGCAUAGAGGCGGAGGAGAAGAAGGCCUCGCGGCGCAAAAAGGGUAAAAAGGGCAGACGAGGUCGACAGAGCGAGGCCAAGGUCGAAACGAGCACCCCUGCGCGCGCAGCAGCUUCGACGACACCUGCCCCUGCCCCCACCCCAGCACCCGUGUCUGCGCCUGCGCCUGCAGCUCUUCCACCUCCGGCUCCCACUCCUGCUCCUCCUGCUCCUGCUGAAACUCCUGCUGAAGAACCUGCUACUGAAACUCCUGCUCCUGCUCCCGCUGCUGAAACCCCCGCUGUCGCCUCCGAAACGACGCCAGCUCCUGAGAAGAACGGCCAUGCUCCCGAGGCCCAACCAACAAGCGCGCAGAAGCGCAAGUUUGAGGAGCAUCAGGAAAUACCAGCACCAGAAGCUGAACCCAAACCGAAACAGCAGAAGAUUUCACCACCCGCCGCCACCCCGACACCCCCUCCCCAGCCAGUUCCAGUGAAGGAUGAGCCCAGCUUGCAGCCAUCACGGCAAAAUUCCAACGCCUCGCCGUCGCCGAUGACCGAAGAUGUCAAAAAGCUGGAAGAACCCACUAACCCGGCUCGGAGAAGUGUUGCCACUGCCCUGGUCAAGUUAUUUGUAGAUCAAAUUUCUGAGUCCCAGAAGAAAGGAUCUUUCAGCUUGCCCGAAGGGAAGACAGCGGAGGAAGUUGCGCAGCAGCUCGGACUCUCGAUCGAGAGUGCUAUGUACCAGAAUAUAUGCGGAGGAUCUGGAGAGCCCACAGACGCGUAUAAGUCACAAUUGCGGACGAUCUUGUUCAACGUAAAGAAGAACCCUUCUCUACGGGACCGUCUGCUCGUAGGUAGUUUACUUCCUGAUGCCCUUUCUAAGAUGAGCUCCCAAGACAUGGCCAGUGAGGAGCUCCAGCAGAAGGACGCUCAGAUCAAGCGGGAAGCCGAGCGGCAGCACAUUAUCAUCCAAGAACAAGGGCCACGCAUUAGACGGACCCAUAAAGGUGAAGAGCUCGUCGAAGACGAAACCCAUACCGCCGCCAGCGAGCCGGUCUUCUCUACGGCCGCCUCUCGACGCAGUUUGGCCGAGGCCGACGGCAGUCCUGCUGGGCAAAGCCCGACCAGUCCCACGCCACAAACCGAGAGCGAUGGCGCGCAGAAGCACCCCAACGAGCCCAAGCUUCCUGAUGGAGGCGAGAUUCGUCGCGAUGACUUUCCCCCGAGGGCGCAUUCGCCUGGUGGCACCAGCCACGAGCCAGUCUUUCCGGAAAUGUCGGCGCAUAUUCGCGAACAAUUACCAGCGCGCAAGGCGCAGGCCGAUGCGGAGAUCGAUAAGUUGCUCAAGGACGAUGAGCCCGAGUCGCCGCCCUACUCGCCGAAGGACUAUCACGACGAAGGAUCGAUCUGGCAUGGCAAGGUUGCGAUGAGCACCAUUGCCGAGUUCGCGUCCUCGGCGAAGCACGCUGGAGGCGCCGACCUCAGCGGUCGUAUCCCUUGGAGCCAGCUCGUCCCCUCGACCUUGCUUGUGGACGGACGAAUCGACAUCCAGCUGGCCAGCAACUAUCUCUGUGGUCUCCGGUUCAGCUCGUCGACCGAUGUGACGGUGAUUUCGAUCAGCAGCCCUGAACACCCCAAGGAGAGGGCCGGCUUCGACAAGCUGUUCAGCUACUUCCAGGACCGCAACCGCUAUGGCGUGGUGGGCAAACACCCACUCCCCGCCGUCAAGGAUACCUACCUGAUUCCAAUCGAGGCUGGUUCCACGAAGAAGCCCGACUUCAUCGAGUUGUUGGAGAACCACACCCUGGAGGAUCCGAUGCCCGAACGGGUGCUGCUGGUCGUCUUCGCCGUGAAGACCGGCGAUUCCAACCCUCCCUCCGUCCAACCGCCCUCUCACCCGUCCAGCCAAGAGCCAGGAGCUUCUGCCAGCCCGCUCACAAUGGCCACGCCUCAACAGCAACAAUUCCUGACUCCGGCGCCCCCGCGCCAUGCCUCGCAAUUCACUCCCAGUCCCGCACCCUCGUUUCCCGCCACACCGCAGGCGCCCGUUCCGUACGGCCAGCAACCGCAGCAACCACCCGCUGCCGCUGCCAACACACAAUACCCCUCCUAUCAGCCUCCUCCACCCCAAGCCAACCAAGCCCCCUUCACGGGCCUGGCGGCCGCUAUCCAGGUCCUGGGCCCUCAAACUGCCCAUUCCCCGGCUCUCCAGCAGCUCCUACAGCAAGCCCCCAACGCAGAUGUGUCACAGCUAGGCGUGGUCAAGGGGAUUCUGCUCCGGCGGCCAGAGGCAAGCGCCGACUACACGCUGUUGAGGGAUGAACUAUUCAAGGAAACGGCGGCCAAUGGACAUGGUGCACAGCAGAACAACAGGUAGAACGAAGCUUAGAUCUUGCUGUAUAGUAUCGUCUCCACUUUUUCUUCUUCUCACAUCUUCUUUCAACUACUUUCAAUUCAUACUUGGCACUUGGGUGUUUCGUUUCACU